AUGGCUGACAACCAACCAGAACCGAGUGGAUCAGGCCGACGCCUUCUCCCGCACCCCGUAUCACUUGAUGGGACGGCAGGGGUAGAAGAUGCGACGAUUUGUCCCUGGAGAACCGAUGAGACGCCAAAUCGCAAGCGGUCGUCGGCGGGUACCGUAUUUGAGGGGUCCCCAAAACGUCGUCGCACCAUACAGCUCAGAGAUGAAAACAUAAUUAAUCUACUCUACGACUCUGGGAGCGACGAAGGGGAUGACUUUGAGGAUGGCAAUGACGAAGACGAGGAUCUUGACGUCAUCAACUUUAUGGGCCUCCGUCAAUAUACCCGCCAAAUGCGAAACCGCAUCGUGGUGACGGAUCCAGAGGAUGGAUGGAUUCAGAAAAAUGAUGCAAAUGUGGAGAAUGGCCACGAUGUAAGUAUGAAUGAGAGAAUGAUCAAUGUGCAAGUAGAAUGUGAGCGGAUGGAUGAAGAAGUGAUUCAUGAAAAUGUGGAUGUGGUGCAUGAAAGUGAUGAGAAUACAAGAGGAAGGGCUGGAAGUCAUGAAAGGGAAAGUGGUGAAAGGUUUGAAAGUAGCGAAAGGUCUGAUAGGUAUGAAAGGGCGGAGCAAGGGCGGGCACGCAUGAAUCCGACUUUUUCUUGGUCGGAUGAAUUUUCAACUUUUAACGCCCAGAAAGAGACGUAUACACGCGAUCCCGGUCCAGCAUUUUCGUCCCAUGAUCCCGCGGAAUAUUUCUACCAAGUCUGGGAUAGCGAGUUCAUGGAGCUGGUGGUUAGAGAGACUAAUUUAUAUGCAUGGCAAAUUAUCUCACAAUUUUCCGACCCUGAUCUCGAUGCCGAGAUUCCAAAGUACUUGGAAUCUUGGACCGAGAUCACGGUUGAGGAACUAUAUAGAUACUUCGCCGUGCUAAUAUUGAUGUCUUUCUGCCUCCGCUCCAAUAUUCGCGAGUACUGGGAGACGGGGAUAAUGGGCAUGCCAGAGUUCCGCGAGAUUAUGGGGCGGAACAGGUUCCAACUGAUCAGCAAAUUUUUGCAUUUUACUUCGAAUGAAAGUUUGCUGACCAGUGGGCAUCUCAGAAAGAUUGAAAAAGUUGCACCAGUUGUGGCACAUUGCAAUAAAAAAUUCAAAGACUUAUACACUCCUGCACAACAUCUUAGCUUAGACGAGUCCUUACUGUUAUGGAAGGGCCGUCUAAGCUGGAAGCAGUGUAUUAGGUCGAAAGCUGCAAGAUUUGGCAUCAAAUCUUUCGAGCUUUGCGAGGCGGAGACUGGGUACCUCCUCCAAUACCGUCUGUACACCGGGAAGAGUACAGACCAAUAUCCAGAUCCCAUACAUGGGUUUCAAGACCACACAGCUAAGAUUGUCUUGGACCUCAUCGAUGGGUAUUUAGAUGUUGGUCAUGUACUUGUCAUGGACAAUUGGUAUAACCAAUUGUUCAUGACUAGGUACCUCAAAUCCCGGUGUACGGACGUAUUGGGGACUUUGAACCGUCGGCGUAAUGGCAUACCACCAGCUGUGAAGGAUAUGAUGCCAAAUGUGCCGCGAGGAACUACGGACCACACAGAGCACCGAGCACACCGCAAUUGCUUCAACGUCUUGAACCAGGACAACACUUCCCUGUCCACACGGAGCUUGCCUCACGGACCCAAAAGGCGAAACACAAGCAAUUACGUUGUGCUCGGUGCGCUGCUCAAAAUCGACGCGUUUGUGUCACACUGA